AUGUGCAGACUAUGGACCGACACAUGUCAAGAUCUGCCAGCGCGAAGGAGGCAGACAAGCGAUUCCUGCCCCGAAAUCCUGCUACGGUGUGAUCAGCUAUGGGACUUCUUAGAGGCUGUUUCACCACAGUACACGCUACCAUCAGCACUGCUUCUAAUUCCUUCCAAGCCUCCAGCGCGCGACAGCAAUGGUCCAGUCCUUACAAACUUCGAAGCGGAAUUUGAAGAAGAUAGGGAUCGUUGGGAUAAGUACUGGACCAUGGAUUCUGCCGGCGUCUGUGAAUUUACGGGUACCAAGGACGCAGAACAUGAGGCUACCAGUACAAAGGUCGUACAGUUUUUCAACGACACUAUACCAAGGCGCGAUGAUGGCUACUAUUCGAAGUCAGACCUACUCCAAACGUACGACAAAGCCAUAAAAGAUCAGUUUGAAAAGGAGAUAAUUCAAGAAACACCUGGUGAUCGAGCAGCUGUCGGAAAACAUUCGCAUUAUAUGCCUCACCAACCCAUGAUUACGCCGCACAAGGAUUGCCCAUCACUGAAUGAUGUGCUUUACCAAGGACCACUCAUUCUUUCUGAACUGUAUGCAAUGUUGCUCCGCUUCAGAAUGGCACCGUUUGCAGCCGUAUCAGACGUGGAAAAAGCAUUCCUGUGAGU